AUGGAGAAGUUUCUCCGGUCAUGGCGGCAGGAUGCAGUAAACAGAGGGCAACACGACACUGCCGUCUACAUAGGUGACAAGAUACUGGCGCUGUCGAACCUAGACUCAGACGCUUUCUGGCUGGCCCAAGUCCAUUUCAGCACCCGCAACUACACACGAGCACUCUCGCUGCUGUCACGCAAAGAUCUGAUAGAGCGAAGUCUGUCCUGCCGCUACCUGGCUGCAAACUGCUUCAUCAAGCAAGGCAGAUACGAACAUGCCCUCAAUCUCCUGGGCGAGGACGACCCAGUCCAGUUCAUUCAGACUACUACAAAUGCCCGGCGAAAACUGGCACAUGUCAACGGCACCGCCAGACAUGGUCCAAAGACCGGACGGGGUCAGAAGGACCGGAUAGAUGUCAGCGAAGAGCGGGAUCGAGAUCGGGAACAGGCCAAGGAGUUGAGGUUCGAGGCAGGAAUGUGCUACUUGAGAGGCCUAUGCUAUGCCAGAAGAGACGCCUUUGAUCGGGCCAGAGAUUGCUACAAGAAUGCCGUCAGGAUCGACGUCCAGUGCUUCGAGGCGUUCGAAGAGCUCAUGAAGAACUCGAUGAUGUCGCCCGCCGAGGAACUGGCCUUUCUUGAGGAGCUCGACUUCGACUCGGUCCGGGUGGAAGAUCAAUCCAGCCUGACCGAAGCGGCAGAUUUCACAAAAAUGCUCUACACCACCCGCCUGUCCAAGUAUACCUCACCGGGCAUCUUAGCUCAUGCUACCGAGACCUUGUCAACCCACUACAACCUGGCCUCGAAUCCAGACAUGCUGUUAGCGCGAGCUGAGAUGUUGUACACUCAGUGUCGCUUCCACCAAGCAUUGGCAAUCACUACAGAGAUAUUAAACACGAAACCCGAACCUGCAUCUAUCCUCGACACAUCAGACAGCAAUACCGCCGCCGCCCUGGGACACAGUAAGCAGCUGUACCCGCUUCACUUGGCCCUACUUUACGAAACAGGCUCGCACAACACCCUAUUCCACCUAUCCCACACACUGUCCGUCCACGCUCCACACGAAUCAUACACCUACCUAGCCAUUGGCACAUACUACUUCGCCACAGCACGGAUAGCAGAAGCACGUCGCUUCUUCUCGAAAGCCUCCCUGAUGGACCCACACUCAGCAGCCGCUUGGAUCGGCUUCGCCCACACUUUCGCCGCUGAGGGCGAGCACGACCAAGCCAUCGCCGCAUAUUCGACCGGUAGCCGCCUCUUCCAAGGCAGCCACCUCCCGCAAGUCUUCAUGGGCAUGCAACAUCUCGCCCUCAACAACAUGCAACUCGCCUGGCAAUACUGCAGCAGAGCGUUCGAAAUGAGCACUGGCGUAGCCAAAUCCUCCUCCGACCUUGAAUCAUUCGACCUCAACAACAGCCUUUUUAACACAAAAGACAUAGGCUGCGACCCACUGGUCCUCAACGAGAUCGGCGUUAUUCUCUACCAUCAAUCCAACCUCCCCAACGCAGCCCGCCUCUUCAAACGCGCCCUCGAGCUAGCAUCUAGUCUAGGCUGCAACAUGACCGCAUGGGUCGCAACCCGUGCGAACCUAGCACAUACAUUGCGGCGACUAAAUCGACUCGAAGAAGCCCUCGCAGAGUUCGAUGAAUGCCUCCGAACAGCCACAGGCGGCGCCUCGCCAUCGACCAAUGUCUUCGAGUCAUCGACUCACCCUAACGCAGCCUCCUUCGCCGGACUAAGCAUCGCCGACGCCGCAACCUCCAACACCAGUGGUCAAGCAAGCGGCUACGACGAGCGGAAUCUGAUUGGAAGUAUACACACCAGUCGCGGGAUCGUCCUGCUGUCUAUGCUGGGCCGCACUAAAGACGCCGUCAUGGCGCUGCACGAGGCAGUGCGUGUUCUGGGUGGCGAUGCUGGUGGUGGGGGUAUUGCUGGGACGUUGUUGGGGCGGGCUAUUGAGAUUUGGGCAUUGGAAGAGGACGGCGAGCAAGACUCAGAAGACGAGAACGAUGCCGAAUACAAUGCCUCUGCAGCAAACGUCAAUGUCCGAUCGAGAAAAGCCGUUGGUGGUGGAGGAAAGAGCAGGAACAACCCUGGCGCCGUCCCGGACGAAGGAGGGUAUGAUCCCACACACGGCGGGAUUCUGGUGCUGGGUAAGGGCAAGCGGAAAGGAAGACAGAUGGACUAUGAGCGGACCGUAGCGAGCGAGCUGGAUGGAGAUGCAGAUGAGAUUUUGGAGGCGGCGUAUAGCAGUUUGCGGUGA